AUGCUUGAACCUGGAGCCGGGAUCAAAGUGGACGAGUCAGUGGAGCUGACUAAACUGUCCUUGCUGAGAGUGAAGCCAUGCCUCGACCCAAGGAAUGCCACGGAGACUACGAGAAGGAAGAUCCAGCUCAUCCAGAAGCGACAAUACGUGGGAGUCCAGGUCUACACUUGCCUCGUCGUGGUGCAGCAGUUCAUCCAGUACUGCGGAAUGCACUCCCAUACCAGCAGCGUCGCAGGAGGCCUAGGAAAGUACGUCCACUACGUCUCUGCCGAGACGUGUCUCAAGGCUCAUCAGUUCCGGCACUUGGAUCUUCGAGGAAUAGGCGGCGGCAUCAUCAGCAAGAUCAGCCUCAACGGGACCACGGAAGUAUCAACAACCCUCCAAGGACACCUCGACAUAAGCGGAAAUUGCGAAGGUAUCAAAUUCACCGUCGGAGAUAUCUCGUACGAAAACGUCGUCGUGUCGGCCGCGAUAACAAUCAAGAUGUCCGAUUAUUUCACUACCGCGGAUGUCGAACGUAAUGUCGUGAAUCUUCGUUCGGGAACCAUAUGUCCUUAUAAUGAUGGAUCCUGUUUUGAUGACUUCUCCGAAGAGGCGAUAUGGAACGCGAAAAUCGCUGAUCAGUGCACAAACAGUGGAGUCGAUGUGCUUUAUGAAGGAAAUGCAACAUUGCUCACACUUAGCAAGGAUCCACCAACAUUUUACGUAAUCGUGGAUACCGAAGAUACCGUUUUCGCUCUGAAAUUAAUCAAGUCAGAGGAUCUAUGUCAUCAACGAGCUUGGCAGACCGAACAAAAUCGGUUGUUAGUUAUUUUGGAAGAUUCGUUAGGAUUUUUCUACCGAAAAUCACUCAGACUACCUCAAAAUACAGAUAUGAUGAUGCAUGUACUCAGCAAAUUGCUUUAUUUGGAAAUUGCUGUCAAAAGACAAAUGGCUGAUGUUGUCUACGAUGCCAUCAUGAAAAGAAUCGAGGGUAAAUGGGUAGAAUUGACACCUGCAUUGAGAAAAGCCGAUCCAGCUAUCGAACUGGAUGCUAACACCGAGGACGAAAUCGUGAAGUUGGCCAGGAUAUCACCUAUCACGUCGGAUGGUAUCUAUACCCGGGAAGAUAUGGAAAAGUUUCAACGCACGCUCAUGUUCCCGAACGAAAGAAAAGCCGUCACGAACGAAGUCGCGCGUCGCGUAACAGGAAGAGGUAUAGGUACGGACAAUUAUGAUAUGCCUAAACUCUUCAGUGAAUCGGAAUUUAAGAACUUUGCAAAAUCUGCCGCGGAAGAAGUGUGUGGUUUCCUAUCGAGAAUGGGAAUUGGUAAUCCAUCAUAA